UCCGUUGAACUUUUUAAAGAAACAUUUAAAAGAAACAUGUUUAGAGAAUAAAUGUUGCUUACAUUUUAAGUGAUGUAAAUAAUAGAAAUAUAAUCAGGAAACAAGUUAUUUGUGCGCCGGAAAUACAAACCGUUAUAUUUAAGUAUGUGAACAUCGAAUGUUUGAACGAAUUUGAAAAAAAAAAUGAGUAAAAAGUUAAAUUUUGUCUCACUCACCAUCUGCGUUUUUCUGAUCAAGUCUGUUGAAGGUCAAGGAAAUAACAUACCUAUAUGUACGGGACAAACCUUGGGAGAGCAGAACCCCGACCCUACAGGUGCCACAGCAGGGACUAAUUCGGGUACGUCCUACCUCCUUAGUGGUACUAGUAUGGCGAUACCAUGUUGUGGAGUGAUAUCAGAAUGGAGUUUUGCCGCCGCCGCCGCUGGGGAUCUUACAGCUCAGGUAUGGCAAGAUACCGGAAGUGCGUACGAGGUCAUUGGUGAAACUCUUAUUUCAGGUGUAACGGCUGGUUCAACAGUUACGCAUACACUAGCUAGUCCAAUGUCAGUGGAGCAGGGAUACGUUUUUUCAUGGUAUUCAUCAGGGAGCGACAUAGUUCCCAUGGAAACAGAUGGAUCGUAUGCAAUGGGAAUUGUCAGUAGUGGCGGGAAAACCAGUGUCGGUGGUACAAACACGUGGUCAAACGCUGCGGUUGAAGGGGAGCGGUGGCAUUUUGGUGUUACUGUAUCUCCAAAUUCAGUGCCAUAUUUCACUACACUUCCAACCGAUGUUGACGCUACCACUUCCGACGCCGUCGGCACUGUUGUCCAUACGAUAGCGCCUACAGAUGACGAUCCAGACGACAUAGCGUCACUAUCUGUCAGCAUUAUUCCGCCGAGUGACACAUUGUUCGAUUUAAACGGAAACGAUGUGCGGAUAUUGGGCACCCUGGCUGCUAACACGGACUACAAAGUUGUGAUUGAGGUCGCGGAUCAUUGUCUUCAGACGGCAACUGCCACACUAACUGUGCAUGUUGCGAACGAUCCACCAGAUAUAGACAGUUUACCGAUCGCCGCUAACUACGAGCUGAUGGAAGACACUGAGAUAGAAACAUUGCUACAUGAUUUGACCUUUACUGACAUAGAUACUGACCCCUUGUGUGUCACGUGCUCUAUCAGCUCAACAACACCAAGCCCGGCACCAUUUGCCCUGAAGUAUAAACCAGCCUCUCCAGAUUACGGUGUGUAUUUUGUACCAGACAGUAGCAACCAUCUAGAUCACGACGGUGUGGCUGAUACCUAUUUGAUUAAUGUUGUUUGCAAUGACGGGUAUAACGAUUCUACGCCAAGACUAUUUCAGGUUGAUAUUGUUCCUAAUGAGGAACCCGUCCCGACUAUACCAGCAUCAAUCGACGUUACGGCGCUGACAGAGAAUGGGACCGUAGUUCAUACAAUAACGGCGACCGAUGCUUCAACCCAUCCAGAUGGCGAACCAGACCGUCUCAAAUUUACAAUGGACUGCAACUGUCCGUUUGCUAUGCUACCAAAUGGUGAAAUAUAUGCUACAGAGCAUUUAAACAGCCACCGAACGUCACCAUAUGUGGUUAAUAUCACGGUCACCGAUUCGUACCGCGGAUAUCAGUAUAACACUGUUGGGCCGACACAAAUGACAAUUCAUAUAACAGAUAUAAACCACCCACCCAAUAUAACCGCCCCGACGGACUCUCAGACAAUUCACGUACUGGAACACACAACUGUCAGCGCUCCUUUAGUCGGCACAACGACGUCAGCGUUCACAGCUACCGGUUACGACGACGACGGAGAUGCCUAUACAUGGGAGAUGGAAUUUGAUAAUGCACAAGGCGUAGAGUUAUUCCAGUUUGAUGAAUCAACUGGGGAGAUCACUACAGCACAGGAUCUGGACUAUGAAACAUUGCUUGAUAACGGUUUGCUGACCACAGUCGUUUGUAUUAAAAUGAACGACGGGCGAGAGGACUCCCUGAUAAGAACACUGUCUCUUGUGGUCGAUGACGUCAAUGAAGAACCAGUGAUGACGCAAGAUCUUUACGCUAUAGAAACUGUUGAAGGGACGGAUAUAGCAACAACUUUAGACUGUCCAUUCUUGGAUGUGAUUGAUCCAGACAAGUACGAUACCAGGACUUAUAGUUUUGAUUGUUCUGGGGUCGGAAACUUCCUUCUGUCUGGCGCGCGCACAACCGCGUGCGACGAGUUCAUUCAACAGAUACAAGAAUACGACCUAGAUAAUCCUGGAGCAGCAAGUGCUGUUGUGUCGUGUUUAGUUACUGUAACAGACAAAGGAGGCCUGACCGCAACGACGACCGUGGAGGUUACGAUACAUGAAGAUGAUGAUAACUGGCCUGUACUGGACCUACCCUCUUAUGCUUACACGAUACUUAACGACACCACACCCGGAACUUCUUUCGGAUCCUUUUCAUCCGACGAUGACGAUUUUCUGCCUGAGCAUAGACUACACACGUACCAUACGGAUUCGAGCGAAUUUGGCGUGGAUCCAAAUGGCGUCUUUGUUUCUAAAAGGGACUGGACAGGAGUUGCUGCCCCUACCUCUCGAACAUUCACACUAUAUGCCACCGAUGAAGCAGGCCACGUGGAUUCGUCGCAAGUAACAGUCCUCAUAGAUCCUGCACCGGUGACGACGACGACUACCACUGCCGCUACAACAAUACCGGCGACUUAUGACGAGAUUGGUUCGUUCUUGGACGACCCAGGAAACUUUGGAUGGCUUAUACCGGCAGUACUUCUUGGGGCCCUUAUGCUGGGGCUCAUGGGGUUCAUGUGCUUCCGGUGUUUCAGUGCACCUGGUGCCUGCCUGAACUCUUGCAGGGGCGGUAACUGCUUUGGCAGGGGCGGUAACUGCUUUGGAAGAGGUUCGCGUGGAGGUCGAUGGUUCGGUCGUCGGUCAAGGGUACAACGUAUUUCACAACCAAAACGAGUUGUUAAAAAGCCAAGACCUGUCAAAGUGGUGGAAAAACAACGACCAGUUCGAGUUAUGGAAGAGCCUAGGCCAGUUCGAGUUGUGGAGGAGCCAAGACCAACCAAAAACCAAAAUUGUUGAAACACCACAACCUGUAAAAGAACCUGUAAAUGAAGCUCCGCCAGAAAAGAAAAGCAGCUUUUUCGAUAGGUUUAAAAGGAAACCUAAGGAACCUAAACCUGUCGAAGUACCAGCUAAAGCUACCGAUGAUCCAAAACAGUGGCAUUUAUGGAGCGAAUCAGAUUUUAUGUCAAAUGACAAAUGGGUAGGAUGAUACAGCCAGUUCUUGCCAAAAAUACAGACGUUCCUGGGAUUCGUCAGAGAAAAACAAACUCAUUAUUUGAAACGUUUUAGUACCCUCUGAUUAUAUGUUUCUCAACGAUAUAUGUAGCAUUUCAUAUCUCUGUGAAGUCAGUGAGUUUAACAAGAGACCACUUAUCAAUAAAAGUUACACAAUGCUACGGUGAUAUCAUGAUUUGUUAUCUUGUGCAUCAAGAAUUAUUGAAUAUUCGCAGCAUUGUUUUCAAUCAUUUUGGAGACAUAUUUAAAUUAUCGCAUAUUUGAUAUCAGAACUGUUAACGUUUAGCAUGGUUUUAGUAAGUCAGAUUAGAAACUUGUCUGGUUUGAUCACCUACUUUUGUAUGUUAUAGUGUCUUAGACACAUAAGUGUUUCUGCUUAUGCGCGUAAUCGGACGUACUUUAGUUGCUACUUUUACAGAUCCGUUCUGCACUCUAUUGCUGGAGAUGAACAAGUAGAUAAAGCUAAAGCUGCGCCCUGUCACUUUCUUUUAAAAAAAAUAUUUUUGACGAUUGAACAUGCCACAGAUCGCAUCCAGACACACUCUGCAACGGUCCAUGUGUUCCAUUGAUAUCUUAGUUACAGUUAUGAAGUUAAGAACAAUAAAUACAAAUGAAACACUAAAAAUGCUGUUAAUCCACAAGCGUGUUACUAUGUUCUAACUUGAAACUAGAGGUACCACACACCAACUAGUUGAACUGUAAUUAAAAUACGUCAUUUCCGUUAACUACGGACAGCAAGAACAGUUAAACUAUAGUUACAUAAGUAGGAGAUCUAACUAGACCUAUAUUUUAGCACAAGUUUUCCAUGUUUACCAGCUAGGACCAGCUUGGAAUAUAUUACAUACAAAUUACUACAGAAUAAAAAAAAGACGUCUGAAACAUUGUACGUUUAAGCUAAGACAUUCGACUUGAAAAAGAAGAGCUUGGGUUUUUAUUUGACGAUAUGUCAUAUCAUUUCACGACAUUGAACUAUGCAUUUGAAGCCAAGUCUUUGUUUAAUACACUUUUUAGCCCUUACUCUGCUAAAUUUCUAAAAUGAACUUGUCCUUCUUUCAAAUUGACCUGUACCAUUAACUGUUAAAAGGGGUGCUUACCAAUAUGUACUAACUGAAUGGCGGACAGUGAAGAUCUUGAUCAAACUGCACGGAUAUACAAGCUAAUCAAGAUCUACGCUGGUCGCAAAUGUAGAAUAAAUCCAGUCAAGCAUGAUAUGGGUUGAAAACCGUAAGCUUUACUUCAAAAAUGAUAAUUUCUAAAAUGAAAAUGUAAGAAUUCAUACACGGAUAUCAUUUUAUUUGAAAUUUCAUAGUGUAGUAAUUUCUUUACUUUUCGAGGUGAUUAUUGCUUUAGAGAGCUUUUUGUUUUUGGCACAAUUGACAGACUCCAUCUGUGUUUUAUAUAUCAUUUUUUGUAGAAUUCACAUGUUGUUGUUUUUUUAAUAAUUUACUAUAAUUAUAGAAAACAUUUUCUGUUAAUGUCAUAGAAAACUUCAUGAGUAUAUUUUAUUUACUUUUUAUACCUUAAUGAAAAAAAAUUAGAUGACUAAAUAUUUUGUAAAAACGCACAAAUAACAUAGAUUUUAUUUCUGUUUAUUUUCAAGAAGUGUCUCAGAUAGUUUAGCCUAAACGCAUUGUUUCAGAUAUUUACAAAUUGUGACACUAAAGAUCUGCAUAGAAAAAGCUCGAUCCGGCGCUCUUGAAAUCCGGCAACGCUGGUUAGGUUCGAUUACCCCGAUAUAACUUCUCUGCAAUACUGUUGAAAAGGCGUGUUUAACGAGUCGAUCAAAUAAAAGUUUAAUUUCCAAUCCCCCGUCAAAGUCAAUUUGAUAUUGCAAUUUCUGAGGUUCCCGUUGUUGUAAGAUCGGCGGUAGUGUUUAAAUAUGAAAGUUGUCCCGAUCUCUAUCAUGUAUAAUUUAUUUAUUUAUCAAUUUGUUGUAUUUAAAACAUUAUUGUGAUAUGUUUGUUGAAAUGUUGAAAAAAAGUAGCAGCAUUAUUUU